CCAAUAUUGAUAAUAAGAUCACUUGAAAUAAAGUUUGGAGUUGUUUAAGAAAUUGACUUGCGUUACAAUAAAUCUCAAGUAUUGUUUGUUUACAGAAUAAAUUUUCCCUACGUGCAGAAAAAAAGUUAAAGAAAAAUACAGUGAAUUUAGCGAUAUGUUCAAAUGUCAAAACUUGACAUGGGAUUUUUUAAAUAUUUUGGCAUAAUUGCUUUUCUUACAGCAACAGAAGUACCAGUUUUUGGUUUAAAUUUCACAAUUUCCAAAGAUCAAGUUAUAAUAGGUAGCACAGGAACAUUAACUAUGUCAUGUGAAAUCACAGAAUUAGAUGUUGAAACUAUCUACCUGAUUCAGAUACGAAGGAUCAACUCAACAAUGCUUUCAGGGACAGAUUUCCCUGAUUGGGAAACGUUAGCAUUCAUGGAAUUAGUUUCAAAUGAAAGUCCUACGUUAAGUGCAAAUAUCACGGCAAGUACUAAAGAUUAUUUCGCCGACGGAGCUUGGAAUUCUGAAACACCUACUUCGACAUACCUUACACUGUCUAUGAAUACUUCAAAACUUGAAUGUCACGAUGCCAGAGAAUAUUUAUGUGAAUUAGCCUACAAAAGCAAAAUUACUUCAGCUGUCAAGAAAUUUGAAAUGAAUGGGAUUUUCUCAGCUUAUGUAAAACCACGUGUAAUAUCGUUAGUUGCAAGAAGAAAUGGCCUUAUUGUACAAGGACCUUCCAACCUAUCAGACGUUGUGUCUGUUGCUGUUGGAGAUGAAUUGGAACUCAAUUGUACAGCUAAUAUUGGAAGCUUGCCAGAAACAAUAAUUCGUUGGAAUAUAUCAUCUGAAACCUCAUCAGCUGGUGAAUUCGAUAAGUAUCGAUCAACAGCCGGUACAUUUGAUGACGGAACGGCAAUCAGUGACAAUCAGUGUGGAUAUAUCCGAACUGGUUCUAUAAAGUACAACAUAACAACAUCUGAUGUUCACGAAGCUUACUACUUAGUAUUUGAGUGUUUUGUUAGAGUAGAUAAAGAUCCCUAUGGAUCAUUUGUUACACAAAAUAAUCCAAGGUUCUACUUUGACGUCAACACAAAAACAACAACACAAUCAACAACAUCAAUGUCAAUUGAGACAGACAGGAUUACAAAAGAAUUUACCGAUUCAUUACAGCAACGUCUUGAAGGUAGAAACAUUAAAACAGGUUUAACUAAGAAUUCUUAG